AUGGAACAUCUGCCAGUUGAAGUUAUUGGGAACAUUUUGUCACGGUUAGGAGGUGCUCGGGAUGUGGUGAUAGCUUCUGCAACAUGUCGGAAGUGGCGAGAAGCUUGUCGCAAACACCUUCACACUCUUUCGUUCAAUUCCAAUGAUUGGCAUGUUUAUCAUGAUCUCACGACUAGCCGGCUAGAGAUUCUGAUAACUCAAACAAUAUUUCAAACCACUGGGUUACAAGGCUUGUCGAUUUUGAUGGAUGACGUUGAUGAGUUCUCUGCUUCAACAGUUAUUGCUUGGCUCAUGUUCACCAGGGAAACCUUGCAUCGAUUGAUUUAUAAUGUUCGGACUACUCCGAAUGUUAAUAUUCUUGAGAUUUGUGGCAGGCAGAAGCUGGAAACAUUGGAACUGUCCCAUAACUCUAUAACCGGGGUUGAACCCAAUUUUCAGAGAUUCCCUUGUUUAAAAUCUCUUUCUUUGAGUUAUGUCAGUAUCUCAGCAUUGGAUCUCAAUCUUUUGCUUACUGCUUGCCCAAAGAUUGAAACCUUGGAACUUGUCAAUCCAGAGAUUGCAAUGUCUGAUGCACAGGUGACUGUUGAGCUGAGCAGUCCAACAUUAAAGAGUAUUUAUGUUGAAGCAAUCAGUUUGGACAAGUUUAUCUUGGAAGCAGAUAGCAUUGAAUGCUUGCACUUGAAGGAUUGUGCUCUUGAGCUGUUUGAACUCAUUGGAAAGGGUACUUUGAAGCAUUUCAAAAUUGAUGAUGUAAGUGUUCUUCAUCUUGAUAUUGGUGACACUGUUGAUAAUCUUGAGAUCAUAGAUGUCAGCAACUUCACUAUUAUUUGGCCAAAGUUCUACCAAAUGAUCUUCAAAUCAUCAAAGUUAGUGAAACUUCGUCUUUGGGAUGUGGUCUUUGAUGAUGAGGAUGAGAUUGUGGAUUUAGAAACUAUUGCUCUUUGUUUCCCGCAUCUCAGCCAUCUUGCAUUGAAUUAUGACUUGAGAGAUGGAGUGGUUAACUAUGGUCUGCAAGGGUCUUCCCACUUGGAGAGUGUCAUUCUCUUGGAGCUCGGAUGGACUAUAAUUAAUGAUCUCUUCUCUCAUUGGGUUGAGGGGCUGCUAAAACUUUGUCCAAAUCUCAAGAAGUUAGUAAUUCAUGGUGUUGUUUCGGAGGCCAAAAGCCAUGAAGAAUGCCAAAUGUUGGCCAAUUUUACCUCAUCCAUAGUUCAUCUCAUGAGAAAAUACAUGCAUGUAGAUGUGCAGUUUGAGUACGAAUAG